GUACCCCUACAGGUACCACUAUAGGUACCCAUAUAGGUACCCCCCUAGAUACCGCCAUAGGUACCCAUAUAGCCAUAGGUACAGCUAUAGGUACGUCCAUAGGUACCGCCAUAGGUACCGUUAUAGGUAUCCCUAUAGGUACCCCUACAGGUACCACUAUAGGUACCCAUAUAGGUACCCCCCUAGAUACCGCCAUAGGUACCCAUAUAGGUACCCAUAUAGGUACCCCCAUAGGUACCCCUAUAGGUACCGCCAUAGGUACCGCCAUAGGUACCGCUAUAGGUACCCCUAUAGGUACCGCCAUAGGUACCCCCAUAGGUACCCCUAUAGGUACCGCCAUAGGUACCCCCAUAGGUACCCCUAUAGGUACCGCCAUAGGUACCCCCAUAGGUACCCCUAUAGGUACCCGUAUAGGUACCCCUAUAGAUACCCCCAUAGGUACUCCUAUACAUACCCCCAUAG